AUGACUAUUUUCAAAACGAUUUCUUUAAACUUUUUGGACCGCCUCGGCAUUUGGCCAGCCCAAAGUGUUAGUCAAAGUGGUAACACUGCUAAAGAUACUGAAAAGAAUAAGAUCACAAAAGUUGAGUUAACAAGAGAAGAGGGUUGCCUCCCGAUUGAUAAUAAUAUUAGUAUAGCUAGUAAAACUUAUAUUUUUGAGGUACAAGAUCAGUUAAAAGAGAUUAAAGAGGAAGAAGAUACCGACGAAGGCAUGGUAUCCUAUACAGAAGAAACUUCCUUCAAACCAAUUUUUUUACAUUCUAUUUUAUCAGAAAUUACACAUUCAUUACAAGAUACAUAUGCUGUCGUUGAAAGUUGUAUUGAACCAUGUCCAGAUUUAACUCAACCACCAUUUAAUUUAAAAAUUAAAAGUCUUGGAAGGCAAAUUGUAUAUUUAAAAACAAAUGAUUUUAAUUCAACUUCUGACUAUGCAACAUUAUCACCAUCAAGUAAAGUUUUACAUUGUAUGAAAAAUGGUGUUAUUUUAACUGAUGGUGAGGUAACACAUUCAUUAAAAUUAUUAUUAAAAAAUGGUACAUCUUGGAAGGCUGGAAUACGAAGUGCCAUGAAAAAAUGUCAUAUUGAUGGAAAUUGGGGAUUAUUAGCAAUGCAAAUUUUAUCAUCUGGUAAUAUUAAAUUUAAUAUUUUAACUAACAUACCACCAACUAAUGAAAUUAACGUGACUAAUGUUGAAACAAAAAUUUGGCUUGUACCAAUUAAAAAAGUUUUUAUUGAUCCUAAAUCUUUUAAUAAUGAUGAGGCAGACAAGAGUGCUCCUGUUAUAAAAAAGAAAAUUAUUAAAAAAGUUGUAAAGAAAAAAGUACAAGAAAAAAAAGAUAAUUCCCCAUCUAAUGAUAAAAAAGAAAAUACACCAGAAGUUAUUAGUGAGAUAAAAGAAGAUGUUUCUAGUGUUUCAUAUGUUAUAAGAAUGGGACAAAGCCCAGCUAAAGAUGGAACUUCAUUAAAAGAAGAAAUUAUUGAAAAUAAUGAAGAUAAAAAAGAUGUUGAAGAAAAUACAAUAUCAGAUGUAAAAAUAAAUGGAAUUAGUAAUUUAAAAAAUUCUACUUUAGAUAGUAGUAAUUUAGUCAAUGAUACAAAAUUAAAAAAUUCAUUAGAUGAAAAAAGUGAAGAAAAAAAAGAUAUAUUAUCUAAUCAUAAGACAAUUGAUUGUGAUGAUAUUGAAUUUAUUGAAGAACCACCAAUUGAAAAUAUAUCAACUAAAAAAAGAAUAUCACUUGAAAAGUCAUUUUCACCACCUUCAGAAAUUCUUAAUGAUAUUUCUAUUGAUUCUUCAAAAGAUGACUAUACAAAUAAGAGUAGUCCUUCAUCAGAUAAUACUACAAGUGGAAUAUCUUCUGCUCUUUUGUCGGAAAGAUCAACUAUUUCAACAAAAACAACUAAUUUAUCAUUUGAUGAUUUGAAAAAAAAACUUGAUACAUUAUCAUCAUCAUUAAUAAAAGAAAGGGAAACAACACCAUUAAAAGAAACAUCACCACAAGGAAGUAAUACUAAAUCAAAUAUGAUUAAUAAAAUGAAUGGUGAUAAAGAGGAGACACCUACAUUAUCAUCUUCAUUAGUUUUUACAUCAAAAAAUAAUUCAAUAGAUAUGGAUAGUAAUUUGUCUAUUAGUGAUUGUAGUAAAGAUCUUACUUCACGUAGUAAUAUUUUAUUAAAUACUUCAUAUAAAACAUCAUCAUCAACAUUAGCCAGUGAUUUAUCAUUAGACCGCACAUUAACACCAUCUUCUAGUUCAAUUAUGAGUACUAUUAAUACUUAUCCAAUAACAAAUUCUGGAUAUUCAUCUUUAGAAACAUACUCAAAACAUUUAUCAUCAAAAGAAAAUCCAUUAUCUGCAUCUUAUACAGCAAUUUCUCCAGCAAGUAGAGAAAUUAUAAGACGUAGUGCAUCAAGAUCAACAUGUAUAAAUAAUAAUACAGAUAGUCAUCAUAUUUUAAGAAAAAUUGAUACAAAUAAUGGUUUUAAUAAUAGUUUCUUAUUAAAAAAAGAUACUCUUGGAACAGUAAAAGAAGAUUGUGCUGUUAUAGAAGAAAGAGUUAGAGGAAUGCAAUCAGUUAAUGUAGCUUCAUUACAAUUAGUUUUAAAAACAUUAAGUUAUAAAGAAUUAGGUGAGAAACGUCAAGUACAUCCUCAUUGGGAUGAAUUAUGUGGGCAAUUAUUGAACUCGGGGUAUUAUAAACUUAUUGAUGAAGCUGAUAAACUUCUUUCUGAAUGUCAAAGAAAUGUUCAUAUCAACGAACAUCUUAUUAAUCCAAUAAAAAUUCUUACAAAUCUUCAAUUAUUUGUUUUAAACCCUGUUGAUAUGCUUCGUGCUCCAAUGGAUGAGGGAAUACUUUGUUUUCCAUAUGGAUUAAUUCUUGAUAAAGCAUUUAUGUUAAUCAAUAUGGUUAAAAAAAUGAUAUCAAAAGAUAUUGAUCCAGGAACAUCUGUUAACUGGGAGGAAUUAGCUAGCUUAGCUAAGAAAGCACAAAUUCACUAUAAAAAAUUUGUCGAAAGUGAAGUUGAAAAAAGAAUGGGUGAAGUUAACAAAUUGACAGCUCAACAAAGGUUACAAAGAAUUGAUUCAUUUUUAAUUGAGACAACUGUUGAACAACUACAGAAGCAAACCCAUCAAAAUAAAGAUGAACUUCAUUGGGAAAUGGAACAAUUGAAACAACAAAAUAUUUCUUUGAAAAAAGAUAAUCGUGAAAUGAAAGCACAAUUAAUGAGAUUUGAAGGAAGAAUUGAGAUGUUAGAACGUAAAUUUAAAACAAUAGCUAGACUUUUGCAAUAA